AUGGAGGUGAGCAACACAAAGCAGCAGCACCAAAGCGCUUCCAUCAGUCUAACGAAACCAGUUCGUUGCAUCGUCAAACUCGGAGGUGCUGCAAUUACUUGCAAGAAUGAAUUAGAGACCAUAAAUGAAGAAAAUCUGAAGACGGUUUCCUCGCAGCUGAGGCAAUCAAUGACCACGGGGUCGAAUUCUGGGGAGGUUCUUGGGAUGGAUUGGAGCAAGCAACCCGGAGAAUCAGAAAUCUCAUCUACCCUAAGUGAUUUUGAAGAUUGGCCAGUUGUGGAUUCCAGCCCUUUUAUAGUUGUUCAUGGAGCAGGUUCUUUUGGGCAUUUUCAAGCUAGUAAAUCUGGGGUCCAUAAAGGUGGAUUGUACCAACCCCUUGUGAAGGCUGGUUUUGUUGCCACACGCAUCUCUGUUACGAAGCUCAAUCUUGAAAUUGUUAGAGCGCUAGCUAGGGAGGGUAUUCCUUCCAUAGGAAUGUCUCCAUUUUCAUGUGGAUGGUCAACCUGUGAAAGAAAUAUAGCUUCAGCUGAUUUGUCUGCAGUGGCUAAGGCUAUUGAAUCUGGUUUAGUACCUGUUUUGCAUGGAGAUGCCGUGCUCGAUGACUUACUGGACUGUACCAUCUUGAGUGGAGAUGUCAUCAUCAGUCAUCUUGCAGCCCACUUGAAGCCUGAAUACGUUGUUUUUCUCACUGAUGUUUCGGGAGUUUAUGAUCGUCCACCAUCAGAUCCAAAUGCAGUACUCUUGAGAGAAAUUGCUGUGGCUAAUGAUGGGAGCUGGUCGAUCGAGAAGCCAACAUUUCAGAACAAGAACAAGCAAGUUGAAACAAGUGUAGCAGCCCAUGAUACAACCGGUGGAAUGCUGACCAAGAUAUCUGAAGCUGCAGCGAUUGCGAAACUCGGAAUUGAUGUAUAUAUUGUGAAGGCAGCUACAAGCCAUGCAUUGAAGGCCUUUAGUGGAGAAUUGAAAGGCAACCUUCCUGAUGACUGGCUUGGAACCGCGAUCCGGUUUUCCAGUAAUUAA